UCAGUUGCAUUUGGAGCUAACGGGAUAGUGGCCUCGAUCUGUCGAUGGAGAUUCACUUAGUGACUUACUGAACGUUAGAUAACAUAACUGUGUAUGUGAAGAGGGGAAUAGGCGUCAUUAAAUUCUUCCCUUCAGUCCGCUAUGUAAACUUGCUGGGGAUCUCCGAAUAGAUAUAAAUGGUUCUGUGUAACCCACUGACUUGACCAGGUGAAACGUUAUCCGCUUUCUACGGAUUAUACGGUCUACUGUUUAUUCAACGCUGAACGUUACAUCAGCUUAUUAACAGCUUUCAUCGGACGACAACCUCAUAUUGUUAAGGAGAAGAAGAGGAACGAAGCAGAGAGCCUGGGGGAGGAGAAGGAGGAGGAGAACCAGAGAGCAAAAUGAGAAGGUUUUGGCGCUUGCUUCUCCUUGUGGUCGUAGCAACGGGAGCGCAGGAGAGCGAACAAGGGCUCCUGAAGGGUAUGGUCUCCAGCCUCCGGAAUUUCCCCGUCAUAGGAAAUGUCUUCCGGGCAUCGGUGGAUCCCAUCUACAGGCCCAUUCUCAAUCACUUUCAGCCAGAGAUCGAUGACAGAGAAGGCGAGAGCGGAAGCAGUGAAAUCUGUUUUGGUGAGAUCGGUUGCAUUUACAACGGCAUAGAAUUCUUCCAUCCGAUCCAUAGGCCCAUUAAUCUUCCACCCAACAGCAGGGAAGAAAUCAACACGCUCUUCACCUUAGUCACGCGAGAAAACACGAAAGGAACAGUAAUCGAAGCUCUGGACAUCACGGAAGUCCUCAACACGACAUUCAGCUCGACGAGGAAAACCAAGAUCCUCAUUCAUGGAUUUCUGGACAGCAACGGCGUUACCUGGAUGCUAGACAUGAUGCGGGCAUUACUUCUACACGAUGAUCUUAACGUCUUCAUGGUAGACUGGUCUGGGGGUUCCAGAGCUCUCUACGCACAAGCAACUGCAAACAUUCGUGUGGUGGGUCUAGAAGUUGCUCACCUUGUCAACUGGCUCAAGGACAAGGCUGAACUUCAGCCCAAGGAUGUACACAUCAUCGGACACUCCCUGGGCGCCCAUACUGCUGGAUAUGCUGGCGAGAGGAUCUCGUCGCUUGGAAGAAUCACGGGUCUGGAUCCAGCCGAGCCAUUCUUCCAGUAUAUGCCACCAAUAGUUCGUUUGGACCCUACCGACGCAAACUUUGUUGAUGUGAUUCAUACCGAUGUUGAAUCCAUCAUAUUCAUUGCUCAAACCAUAGGACUCGGGCUAUGGCAGCCCAUAGGCCAUAUCGAUUUUUAUCCUAACGACGGACGAAAACAGCCUGGUUGCAAUUCAUUAUAUCACGUUCCCUUCACGGCUCUAACGGACGGCUUAGAUUUAUUUGAAGGUUUAGAUUCAGCCCAGAAGGAAAUCGUGGCCUGCAACCACAACAGAGCUCCUAAACUCUUCACGGAUUCGAUUCGGUCUAAAUGCCCCUACAUGGCAUUCCAGUGUAAUUCUUAUCAGCAAUAUCUUAAUGGCAACUGUCUGACUUGUGGUGAAGACGGCACUCUAUGCGCGCGCAUGGGCUAUUACGCGGACACUUGGACGGGCGCUGAAAACCAUUCAUACGCCUCGUUCUACCUUUCGACCACCUCUGGACCAGACUAUUGUGUAUAUCAUUACCAACUCAAGAUUGACCUCGGAGAUCCGGACAGAAUAGGGGGACGCCUACGGGGAAGACUCAAGGUGUCGUUCUUUACCGAAGAAGGAAAUAUCAGAGACUUCGAUCUCACUCCAGAUAACCCUGGAACCUUUGGUCGUGGGGAGUCCUACUCGUAUAUGCUGGAACAUACUGAAGACCUGAGUUCCUCAGCCGAUGCAUUAGUGCACUGGACUUACGAGACAGACGUUUUCAAUCCACUGAGCUAUUGCGUCCUCUUCUGCGAUCAGAGUCUCCCUCUAGCUAAACUCACGUUCACAAGUAUAGAUACAAUGAAUACGGGAAUUGGUGAGAAGGAGGACAGCGUCAUCACUGGAGCUCCUGAAGGAGUCAGCAUGUGCCACCGGCAGGGAGAAGAGGUCAUCCGUGUUAAAAGUGAGGAAAGCGUCAGGGUGGUUUCGUCUCCUCUUUGCAAAGACAUAGCGGAGAUCACUCCGAUUCAUAGUGUUAGAAACCAGACUCUGCAACUCCUCAAUGCUGGCAUUGAGGUCUUGAACCAUUACCUCAAUAACAAGUGAAAAAGAGAUUCCUGAUCAGGCUUUAGUGACAAUUCGGUAGUUAUUUCUAAUGUGAUGAUCUCAGUUAAUGAACUAAUAACAAAAUCACUGAGAGCUUUCAGUGGCUUAAAUACUGAUUGAGCAAGCUAUCACGAGUUCAGCAUCGCCUCUGACAAGGAAUGUUGACAAACUCUGAUUGCCACUAGAAUCCUACACAAUGCUAGUAAAUCAUUAUGAUAUCAAUACAGCACUAAACAUUUACUGACGGACCUGUCUUUAAGAAAAAUAUAAACAUAAAACCACUAUGCGAAUUUCAUACAGGAAGGAAAAUAGUUCCAGUUGCUUAAUAUACGACAAAAUCAAGCUCUCAUACGAUGAAAAUAUAUGAAACAGAAGGUUAUUUGAAGGGACAGUGAAAAGAAGUUCUCUUUCUUUUUAACAAUUUUCUUUCUACACGAAUGGGGGCAGACAUGAAAAUAUCAGAAUGAGUAGACACAAAAUGUUAUUUUAGAUCUCGUGUUGUGAACUGCGAUGAUUAAUUACAUACCUUGUGCUCUUCAGGUAGUUAACACUUCAUCAUCUGUCCCAUUCCAUAAAACAAACGAUUACAACUGAACUCCAAUCCUAUUUUGUUACUCGUGUGCAUUCUCUGACAACAUUGGUGAUUAUACAUAUAUUCCCCAAUUCUGUUGCAUAAUCUGAAUUAAAAGAAGAUAUUUUAAUUUGGAUGUUUCAACAUAAUUUUAAUACCGGAAAAAUUUCAUGUCUUUUACUUGGAUUACUAACAAAUCAAACCGUCCAAUUCUUAGUUAUAUCUGAUGAGAUACCACCAGACGUCGAAAGGAUCAUUUCAGCCUGUUUCUUUGUUGUACUGCGUCAACACAACGGCUUAAUCUCAGUGACGAAUUGUUCAGGUCCUGGAGACAAAGGCCAGUGAAACGGAUAACCCAGUAUCUUCCCUUAGCCAAGGCCUGGAGUGAACAAAAAAAUGGAGGGAAGAGGCGGCAGGCCCUUGAAAACAUGGAACAGUAGAGAAAAUAAAAUUUAGCAGUCACUAUUCCACCACCACUUUAACAGAGUUAAUUGGAAAGAAGGGUGCCUUUGAAGAGUUCAAGGGAUCUCCGGCUGCGGUGAGGCCUUAUGAUCGAUAGAAAGAUUACCUGGAUUCGCUGUUGAAACGGAGACAAAGAAUAAAAACAAUAAUAUCAAGACCAGUGAAAAGCCAUUUUUGUCCGCUUCGCUAUAUUUUUGGAGAAAAUAAGAUCCGCUAUUAUGUUGGGACAUAGCCAUGGAAUUACUUUACAUUUGAAGUUCCCAUUUGAGGUAUUGCAUUUUAGAUCACGCAAGGCUCCAAAGCUGUUUCACUGAUCUGGAGGCUAUCGAUUGGUACCUUUGACACAUUCGAAAUGUGGAGUAAUUACCUCGCCCAACAAUUUGAAGGUUUGUGUUGGCGUUUGUGAAUAGACGUUUUCGUCCCUUUACUCAUAAAAGCCCUUUUUAACAUUCUUAGAUUAUCUUAGAAAGAGAGCUUAUAAAAUUCAUAUGACAUUACGCUAUAUUCUGAACUGAAAAAUGGUGCACUUAACAGAAAAUGUUGUUGAUAUAUUUUCUUGAAGAAUUUUUUCUGGGUAACCUAAAGUUUACUAAUGCUAAAAAGGUGUCCUCAAUCCGUUGUCAGCAGAUGCAAUGUCUAUAAUAAAAUAAUGCUGAAAUAUUUGUUCAGGAAGUUUUAGAAAAUGUACUAUGAAAUAACCAAUGGAUAAUAUUAAAGAAAUGUGAUUAAGCUUGCAUAGCAAAUGUAGAUGGAAAUGAUGAAGUGUAAGCAUUUAAAAAUGAGAAUAAUUAUGACAAUACUGGUUCAGAUUAUUAUAUGGAUGUAAGUUUGAAAUGUCACGGGUUAAAUUUACAAAUCCGUUGAUAUCUUGAACUGUAGGAAGUUUUAGCAUAAUUAGUUUACGUUAAAUGUAACAAACCUUUAGGUUAUUUUACGAUAACUAUGUACUUCACAAGGCAACGAGAAAAAACAUGAGGAAUAAUGAAACAAAAAGGUUGUGGACAGACUAGGGUAUUCGUUACCCGAGAAUGAUGUUUCCUGUCACAAGUUUUUGUUUCAUAUGACUUUGCAAAUUGACGUUUGUAGUUUCUUUCGCAAACAGGGAAUUGUAAUGUGAUAUACUAGAAGUACAUGCUAGGGAUGAGGUUAAUGAGACAGAAACACACAAUCUGUUGGAGCUUGCACAGACACAAAAUUCCAAUAACCCAAAUAAAAAUUUGAAUAUACUUCAAACGUAAUUAGAGUACUUGAUGAAUCAAAUUUUACUAGAGGAGUUUACUUUGAGAGCUAUAUCAUUAGUGAUGGGAUUCCUAAAAAGCAUUAUUAUCUUGUAAACAUUCGUGCCCGUGGCCAGUAUAUUGUACUAAGGACUAUAACAAAAUCUUUUUUAAGAAAAGAAGACUUAAAAAUUAGGUAUGGAAUAGAAUAUUUGCUUUCUAUCCGAAUUUGAGUGAUUACCAUUGAUAUGAAGCUAAAUGAAGUAUAUAAGAAUGAAUAACAUAAAACUGUAUAGUAUUUUAAUACCUUUGUAAAUUUUUAUUAAAAUAAAACUAGCGAUAAACUUUUAAAAAAUAAUUAGAUUUACAUGCACACUUUGAAAAAAAAAGCACCCAGGAUGGACUCGUAAAUCCUAUGUAGAGACAGAGUUAUCAUAAAGAAGGUUGCCAGUGCUUUUCGAAUGAUAACAAUGAAAAUUAAUGUAAAACAAUUGAAGACAAUGAUUAGAAGCCCUAAAGCUUCUUGCAUGUUCCCUACCUUAAGACAGAUACAGUAGGACGAUUCUUUACAUGUUUAGGAAUUACUCUGGCUCAAAUCAUAUUUUGAAAGAGUACAAUUAAAAGGUGGACUUUUCUGUUUCCGAAGAAAUAAAUUCUAUUGCAAAUGAUUUCAGGAACUUAUGAUUGAUUAAAUUUGGGCCGUAGAAGCCUGAGCUGAAGAAGUUGGAGUGUUUGGACAACAAGAUAAAGAAAUCCAGAAAAUAAAGUUGUAGAAACUGAAAAGCCCAUGGUUGCACUGACAUAUAAAAGUAGAGGUGCUCGACAGCAAACAUGAAGUAUAGAAACGUGAAUGGAGGCAGCAGAAGGCUUGUGGCCAAAAGGGACGUUGCUGACACCCUUUAGUAAUGCGUACAGCAUGCUGAGAAAGGUGUAUUUUAAUAAUGAAGAACACCCGUUAGAUUGCUGGAAACUCUUCUCUGUUUGAAGCUGUUAAAUGACAGGUUGACAGUGUUCAUCACCGAUCGUGAACCUCAUUGAAUAUGAAAGCGAAACUUGAUCAAAAGCUUAGUGUUGUAUUUGAUGGCAAACUGAGUUUCAGUUUCAUGCGAAUGUAGGUUAAUCAUAAUAUCCAAGUCAGAUUCAGUGUAGAUUACACGUCAUUUCUGAGUUCCUGUAUGCCAUUCAAUUCAGUCUUUUUUCAGGUGAUUACCUUGAGCUGUUAACACAAAAAACCUCACUGAACUGCUAUAUUAGUUUGGAUACGAGUGAUUAACACACAUACACAUGUAAUCGUGGAUGAAUACAUUUAUGAAUAUAUUAUUGUAUGCAAUACCUGCAAUUUUAUCAAGCACUAAUUGUUCUUUUUUUGCUCAUAGCAAGCCAUUAUGUGACAAUUUUUGCCCAAAUGAUUAACAUGGCAACAUAAUAUUCUUAGCAAUGUACAGAUUCACUUUCACACUUUUAUAUUUCAUUCGAAGUAAUUUCAUGCACCCAUUGAAUUUUUUUUUUUUAUCAUCUUUUAUUUUUUUCCAAUAAAUGUUUUAUUGUCCUUCAUGUUUGUCACGAGCAUGAAACAGCGUGAUGAUUAUCAGGCCUUUGAAUAUUUUCUUUUCAUUAGCUGUAACAUUCUGAGUUGUGAUGUCUCGGAUCACUGUGCUUUAUAUUUGUAAUGAAAAAUAUCUGCACUA